AUGUUGCUCCCACAAAUGUCCUCAAUUCUCGUCAUGGCCCUCCUUGCGGGGUCCUCAGUAGCCAUGCCGCAACCAGUAGUGGCCGGCGCUGUAGCCAAUCCAGUGAAUGGAGGUCUCGUCAAAGCCGGUGGGGCUGGUCCUAUCAAAACACAAGUCAUGCCAAACACGGGGGCCAAUGUUGGAAAUCUGAACGGUGACAAGAAGAAGAAGAGCAAAGCGACGACUCCGAUAAACGCCCCAGUCGUCAAUGGCAACGAUAGCACUGGAGGUAAAAACAAGAAGAAGACUGGGUCGAACAACCAGACUGGAGUCAACGGCAACACCGGAGCCAAAGACAAGAAGAAGAAGACUGGGCUGAACAACCAGACUGGAGUCAACGGCAACACCGGAGCCAAAGACAAGAAGAAGAAGACUGGGCUGAACAACCAGACUGGAGUCAACGGCAACACCGGAGCCAAAGACAGGAAGAAGAAGACUGGGCUGAACAACCAGACUGGAGUCAACGGCAAUACCGGAGCCAAAGACAAGAAGAAGAAGAAGAAGACUGGGCUCAACAACCAGACUGGAGUCAAAGGCAAUACCGGAGCCAAAGACAAGUAUAAGGACAAGAAACUGGCCGGGGCCGAGGCGAGGAAAGCAAUUGAUGCCAGGAAAAAGAAGGGGGUCGCCGGCGCCACUUCAGACAAGAAGACCAAUUUCUACGGUAACAACAACAAUCGGCCAGUCAACAACUACAACCAGCAGCCCAGCUACUAUAAUAAUUUGCCAUCGCAGAACUACGGUUCUCAGAACAGCUACAACUCUUACACCCCACCGGCCUACACUCCCCCGAGUUAUAACACCCCGAGCUAUACCCCGAGCUACAAUGCCCAACCUGCCUAUGCCGCCCCGGCCCCUGCUGCCCAGUACUAUAACAGCUACCCAAGGAACUACUACAGACGUUAA